UUUGUUAGGAAUGCAUGAAUGACAACGGAACGGCUGGCAGCAACUUGCCGAGCUCCGAGAAGUAGAAUUAUCACAAUACCAAUUGCUUCUCAUCAGACAUUUGUCUCUUGUAGAUCUUCAGUUUUCGCCUUAGACAUCGCGCGGUGAGAAUAAUGCUGCCUUGCCAUGCAGAAGCAGGCGCCCAAAAUCGUUUGACGGCACCUGCCAAUGCCAGUCUUGCCACUUACUGAUACAUGGGUGCGAGUAUCUUGACUGCGCACCUUUAUUCUUCGUCUCAUUAUUCUCUUGUUUUCAUUUUUCUCUUUCAUCUCUUACCGAUACGUGAAUAUCCGCCAUGGUGAUGCCGUAGCGAAAUGCCUGAUUACUUCUUCCACGUUGCUGUUGAACUCUUCCCAGAUACCCAGUCCACUGCGCAGUCAAACGAUUAUCACAAACCGCCGAAUCUCAGCCAGUUUUUCAAGGCUUUGAGACCAUUUACGCAUUCCUCAAUACGACGACGCUCAAGAGAUCAUACGACGCAUCAAAUCAAAGUCGAUCCUUCGAAUCGCAAUCAAUCACUAUUCCCUGACAGACCGGGUCCAGUAAACCCAGACGUCUCUCAUUCUGACCCAAAAGAUCACCGCCUAGACAAUAUCCUACUUCAGGCAACAGACAUGGUAUUACAGACAGAGGGAAAGGAGCCGCCACCAGUAAAAGACAAUAUUAUAGAGAAAGGAAUUGGAAGCGCAUUUUCUGGACAUCAUCUUAAAGGGCGAUACGAACCGUUGGAAGGCCAGAACACUGUCGAGGGAUGGGGAAUAGUGCAUCUGUACAGGGACUCUGAGGAGACAUCGGGACUGUACAAGGACUCGGCAUAUAGGUCCAGCGACCUCUGGAGCGAUGGACUGCGUAAUGCUCCUUCUGGGAAGCCUCACCCGCCUCCGAAAGACGAAGAAUGCACGAGUCUGUGUAUCCUGGCAGUACCGUCCUACAUGACUCCAUCAGACUUUCUUUCCUGGGUCGGCGAGGAUACGCGGAGUGAGGUCAGCCAUUUCAGGAUGGUGCGCACGUCCAGAGCGAACAGAUACAUGGUCUUGAUGAAGUUCAAGCAUGGCAAAAAGGCAAGAGAAUGGCAACACGAAUGGAAUGGGAAAGUCUUCAACAGCAUGGAGCCAGAGACAUGUCACGUUGUCUUCCUCAAGUCGGUCGAGCUGAUCCAGACUUCGACUGUGGAGGAGAGCAAUGGACUGAGCUCACCAACGACGAGUUACCCUCGUAUGUCGAAUGACCCUUUCAUACCUGCCGCCACGACCACGAAACCCCUAGCACCUCGGACACCGUCACUGGUCGAACUACCUACCUGUCCCGUCUGCCUGGAACGAAUGGAUGAAACUACCGGACUCCUGACCAUACCCUGUCAGCACGUUUUUCAUUGCACGUGCCUGGAAAAAUGGUCCGGUGGAGGCUGUCCUGUGUGUCGAUAUACGCAUGACGACUUCUCCUCCCGCCUCGGCUCGUCCAAAUUCAAAAGCAAGACUCCUGGCGAGUAUGAAGUGUACGACGGACCACUGGAAUGUGAGGUGUGCCAUGUUGAGACCAGUCUCUGGCAGUGUCUGAUUUGUGGUAAAGUGGGCUGUGGCAGAUACGAAGGCAAACAUGCCUACUCACACUUUGAAGAGAGUGGACACACGUUCAGUAUGGACCUUGAAAGCAAGCGUGUCUGGGACUAUGCCGGCGAUGCAUACGUACAUCGCAUCAUUCAAGAUGCUGCAAAACCUGGCGAGAAACUGGUCGAACUGCCUGGUAGGAGACGCGAGCCAACAGCUCUGGAGGGAGCAGAAGAUAUUGAAGUCGCCAAAAUGGACAAUAUUGCCCUCGAAUAUACGCAUCUACUGACGAGUCAACUUGAAAGUCAGCGUGUGUAUUUUGAGGAAGUGGUUGAAAGAGCUGUGGACAAAGCUUCUGAAGCAAACAAGAAAGCGGAACGUGCGAUGGAAGAAUGCCAUGGAGCAUUGCAGAGACUACACAACCUGGAAAGCGAGCAUGAUGUCGUCGCCAAAGGUAAAGUUCCCGAACUGGAAAAGCAGAACACUCGUUUCCAGACUCGCAGCGCCAAAUUCGAAGAGAUGGCUCGGACGUUCAAUCAGAAAUAUCAGGAAGAGAAAUCUUUGACAGCCAGUCUCAUGGAGCGGGUCAAAUUUCUGGAGGAGACACAAUUGAAACAAUUACAUGAUACUAUCCGACGACUCGAAGAAGACAACGCCACGAAAGACUUGUUGAUGGAGGGACUAAGAGACGAGCAUCGUGAUGCCAUGAUGCAGAUUUCGGCGCAGAGGAAAUUACAGGAGAUGGUCGCGAAUGGAGAAUUGGAGCAGGAAGACCUCGAAGGUGCCGUCAUCGAAGCCGGUCCAGCGAAGAAAGUUCCUAUCAGACAUGGUCGGAGAGUGGGAACUGGCGCAACUCGAUCGGCUGCUCCUCUGCCAGCGACAUCUGGGUCGUCCGCUUCUGCCGAGAGACAUGACGAUGUACAGGCUGCGUAUAGCGAGAUCUUCGGCAGCAGUUCGCGCGGUGACGGCUGGGACGAGCAGAAGGCCAGGAGUAUCAUGGACGAGUGUAAACAGAAGUUGCUUGGUGAGGGACUGUUGGUCCCAGCUGCUCGUGCUGAAAGCGAGGAUAGUGAUGCUGAACUCGAUGGGGAGAAGAUCAAGGCGGCAGGGCCCAGCAAGAAGCGCAAGGGGAAGAGGAAGGCGAAGAAAUGAGUUCUCGAAACGGGAGUGUGGAGAGGACUGAUUGGACUGUUUCAGUGAUACCCACCUAUAGCGACGGCGUUGGAUAUGUAGCGAGCCUCACAGUUGUAGUGGUACAAAUGAAUUACUGCUUCAUUAUU